CUCGUUAAAGAAAAUAGAGUUUUUCUUUUUCUUUUCUUUUUUUUUACUUUCUCUUAACCUUCUUUGAUGACUCUUGUCUUCUUUCUUCUUGUGUGUUUCUCUGCUGAGUUAGUUGCUUUGUGUGUGUUUUAGUUUUAGUUUUGGUUUGGUUUUAUUUGCUUCCUUCGAUGGCGAAUGUUAAAAAUGAUCAACUGUACAUGGAGCUGUGGAAAGCGUGCGCAGGGCCACUUGUGGAAGUACCUCGUUAUGGUGAAAGAGUUUUCUACUUCCCUCAAGGUCACAUGGAACAACUGGUGGCUUCGACUAAUCAAAGAGUCGUUGAUAAAGAUAUACCAGUUUUCAAUCUUCCUCCAAAGAUACUUUGUCGAGUUCUUAACGUCAUGUUAAAAGCAGAGAACGAAACAGAUGAGGUUUACGCUCAGAUCACAUUACGACCUGAGGAAAAUCAAAGUGAACCAACAAGCAUUGAUCCACCUCCAACAGAACCUGCUAAACAAACUGUUGACUCCUUUGUUAAGAUUCUAACAGCUUCUGAUACAAGUACUCAUGGUGGCUUCUCUGUUCUUCGUAAACACGCCACUGAGUGUCUCCCUUCACUUGAUAUGACACAAGCUACACCAACUCAAGAACUGGUAGCAAGAGAUCUCCACGGAUAUGAAUGGAGGUUUAAGCAUAUAUUCAGAGGGCAACCUAGGAGGCAUUUACUUACAACUGGUUGGAGUACAUUUGUAACCUCUAAAAGACUUGUAGCUGGAGAUGCUUUUGUGUUCUUGAGGGGUCAUCAAAAUGGUGAUUUACGAGUUGGCGUGAGACGUUUAGCUAAGCAACAAAGCACAAUGCCUGCAUCGGUUAUCUCGAGUCAGAGUAUGCAUUUGGGAGUUCUUGCUACAGCUUCUCAUGCUUUUAACACAACAACUAUGUUUGUUGUCUUGUACAAGCCUAGGAUAAGCCAAUUCAUAAUAGGUGUGAACAAGUAUAUGGAUGCGAUGAAGAAAGGAUUUGGUAUUGGUAUGAGGUUUAGGAUGAGGUUUGAAGGAGAAGAGUCUCCUGAGAGAGUGUUUACGGGUACUAUUGUUGGUAGUGGAGAUCUAUCUCCUCAAUGGCCAGCUUCCAAGUGGAGAUCAUUGCAGAUCCAAUGGGACGAGCCAUCUACUGUUCAGAGACCAAACAAGGUCUCACCGUGGGAGAUUGAGCCUUUCUUGCCAUCCACGCUAACUACAUCACCUACUCAACCACAUUCAAAGUCCAAACGGUCCAGGCCCAUUGAUAUAUCAGUUUCAGAUCUUGACCAGGUCAUAGGUAACUUCUUGAGCAGCUUCCCUAAGAGCCACGAACCUACUCCAUCACUCAAACCGUUGUUUCAAGAUCCAUCAAGUGAAAGAAACUCGAACAAAACGGAGGCUCCACCCUCAAGUUGCUGUAGGUUAUUCGGAUUUGAUCUCAAGAGCAAGCCUGCUUCUGCCCCAAACCCUCCUGACAAGCAACUAAUAACCAUUGACUCAAAUAACUCUGGUUUUACCAAAUGUCAAGAUCCUAACUCAUGGAAGGAUCAGAAGCAACACACAUCAUCAACAAGAAGCCGAACCAAGGUGCAAAUGCAAGGAACAGCGGUGGGACGUGCUGUUGAUUUAACAUUGUUGAGAUCAUACGAUGAGUUAAUCAGUGAGUUAGAGAAAAUGUUUGAGAUUGAAGGAGAGCUUAGGACUAAAGACAAAUGGACUAUUGUGUUUACUGAUGAUGAAGGAGAUAUGAUGCUUGUUGGAGACGAUCCAUGGAAUGAGUUCUGUAAAAUGGCGAAGAAGUUGUUCAUAUAUCCAAGUGACGAGGUCAAGAAAAUGAGCUCAAAGUCACUGUCGGAUGAUGAAAUUACGAUCAUCAAUCUUGAAUCGGACCAGAGGGCAGUUAAACUUUGAAUAUGACGAAGCUCCUGGCUUCUUCUUGGGUUUGAUUCUCUCACGGAGUCACGAAGUUAGGUGGUUUGUUUCUUUAGUUGAAGUCAUUAGGUGGUUUGUUAUUUUGACGUUAAGAUCUAUAUUAUAUGUUAUUUAACAUAAAGACAAUAUUACAUGUUUGUCGUAAUGACUAAUGAUGUGUUAGAAAAAUAAAAUAUGAUGUGUUAUUUUAUCAUCAUAUUUUCUCUUUUCAAGAAGAAAUAAAA